CUCGGAUAUUUCAAAAUUAAUUCUAUAUCCAACAUGACUUAAUCUCAAAAUCUCACGGUCAAAUCUUUGGUAAACUAACAAUCCAUUAAAUGAAUGUAUAAAAUCUCCGAUUAACUCUAGUUUACAAGAUCAUGAUCUAUAUUUACAGUCUAUGUUCACUUUACAGUCUAUGUUCACUUUACAAAAUGGCUAGCCUUCUAACUCGUCACUCCCUUUAGUUUCCCCGUCCUCAGUUUCACUUCCUAAAAUGGUGGACAAGGAAAACUAGGUGAGAUAAAAUAUCUCCGCAAGUAAAUAUGGAUAGUCCUUGGGUAAAACUUUUAGCAUGCCUGAUAAACAAUUUAAUAUAACAAAACGCUCAAUGACAACAUCAGAUUCAGUUCAAUUGCAAAGCAUUCAAUGACAAACCGUCAAUGCAAAAUCAGAUUCAGUUCAAUAACCAAACGUUUCCUGACAAACCGUUAAUGCAGAAGAAAACUCAAUUCAGUAGUCUCAUCUAUAAGUCAUGGCCAACAUUUAACACCCACUAGCAGGCGUCGGAAUUUACCAAUGUGUUCGCCCAUUGGCAGGGGUCGAAAUUUGCCAAUGUAUUCGCCCAGUGGCCGGCGUUGGAAUUUGCCAAUGUAUUCGCCUAGUGGCAGGCGUCAGAAUAAACCGGUCAUAUCAGUAAACAUGUCGACAUGUGCUAGUGUUACUCCCACUAGCGGGGAUUAGAAAUCAUGAUUAUAUCAGAGACAAAACCAUGCAAAAUUUACAAAAAAAUCCAUAAUUCACAAUCAAUAUCCAAUUUCAGA